AUGGCAGAUAUUGUAGAUGUGAGAUCUGAUCGUGGAUGGAUGUACACAUCAUGCAAACAAUGUAGCAAGAAAGUGGUUCCAGAUGGAAAAGGUUUCUUUUGUGAAAAGUGCCAAGCUAUCGUAAAAGCUGUUAUUCCCAGGUUCAUGGUGGACUGUGAGAUACUGGAUGACACUGGAUCAUGUCAUGUUGUAAUUUUUGACCAAGAAUUAUCCAAACUGCUUGGAUGUUCAGUAGCAGAGUUAAAGAUAUCUUGGAAGAGGUAUUUGUUCAAGAUACGUAUUCCAGGAGAUUAUGUCAAUGGGAAUUCCAAUGUGUGUGUAGCUACUCGGUUGACAAAUGAUAAAGCCAUAACACAGUCUUUCUUGAGCACAUCUUAUGAAGACACUGCAUCAGAGGGUUGUACUUCGUUGGUCUCACAGAAGAAAAGGUCUUUUGCUAAUCAAACUGUGCAUGCAAAUUUCUUUGAAUUAUCAAAGUUUGACUCAACCUCUACAUACCAAGUGGCAACUGCAAUAGGCCCAGGUUUCAAAGCAAUGAAGUCCAUAGUAGAAUCUAAAGUUGCAAUUGUAAACACUGCCAAUGUUGAGAAGGCAAACCCAUUUGGUAAUUUCCCAUCAACUGAUUGUCAAGUUGAGGUAAAGAGUAGCAAGCACAAUGCUGGUUUCGUGGAAAUCCCUUCUACUACAUCUGGACAUAAUGGUGCGAAGAACGGUACUGAAAAUAUGUUAAAUCAUCCACUUGGUGGAAAUCUUGAAGCUGAUGAAAAUAAUACAUCAUUUGCAAGACGCCGCAGAGCAAAACACAAACAAAUCUAG